AUGGGAUAUAAUAAUAUUGGAUGGGACUCCAAUUGGUUAAUUUUAGGAGUUUUAUUCAUGGUAACCUCAAUUUUGGUCAUUGUGCUACUUGAUAUGGUACAAGGAAGGAUUUCAAACCUCCAAAAUUAUCUUAUAUCUGAAUUAUGGAAAUGCAAAAGCUUUGAUCAACCGAGCCAUAGUCCGAGAGGAAGAAUUUAUUGAUCAAAAUCAAAAAAUUUAAAAACAAACUGAGUUUUACAGGUUGUAUUUUGGAUAUUUUUAUGUUCGCCUCUUAUCUUUUUGAUUUCAUGGGUGAUUAUGCUGAUGCUCAAAGAUGAAAAAGAUAAAGCAACAGGAAUUGCUGUAUUUCUAGGUGCAGUUUGAAUUUUAACCCUUUUAUUUGGAGUAUUUAAGACAAAAUGGGAUGACUUCCAGCCCUCCUCUCCCACCAUAAUCUCCCUUUCCCUCUCCCUUCUCUUCCUCACUGCUUUCCAACUAACCCUACUCCUGCUCAAGCACUCAUCUACCUUCUUCGGUCUCUCCUCCGUAUUCAUGACCACUAAUGCGAUCCUGACCAUCACUAUUGUCUUCAUGAGUACCUCUAAAGCAGGCGCUUCAGUAGUAAAGUUUCUUAAGAAGAUUGAGGAGAUUGAGGAGCUUGAGGAGGAAGAACAGAAGCAGAAUGGGAUCCAGCAAGAGGAAGAGAAGGAAGAAGUGAGGGAUAAGGAAGAGGAAAAGGACGGUGAGGAUGGUCUGUCUGACUUAAAAGAUCAGGUGCAAGAAAACUCCAUCUUAACAGGAGGCCUCAUAGGCUACUUUGCCAAUAAGAAAGGGAAAGUCAAGUCUUGGACCAUGUUUGGCAUUUACUUUGCUGCUUUUGGUGCAUUAGGCGGAUACUCAUAUCUGGAUUAUUAUUUCAGACAGAAAUCGAAGAUAGGACUUAUCACAGCUAUUGCUGUGAUUGGAACAGACGUGAUUAUUUACUUGUACUCAAAAUCUGAAAUUUAUACUUCUCCAGCUGAAAUUUCACUUCAUUUGGUUCUUUUCAGAAUAUGCCUGUUUGUUCUCGGAGGGACUUAUUGGAUCUAUGGAUACAGCUUGUUGUACACUUAUUUUGGAAUCUAUUUGGUUUACAAUAUUGCUAUCAUCAGAUUUCCGUUCUUGGAGGAUAUCAUGAAACCAGAAGGAGAAAAGAAAGACAAAGAAGGCCAGGAAAAUAAGUUUAAUAUUGCAUCAACUCCAGAGUUUCUGUUAUUUUUCUCAACAAUCUUAUAUUUUGUUUUGCUGUCGAUCAUGAAAGCAGUGAAACCUAGAGGAGUUCCUCUUGAAGAUGUCAAGCUAUACGACAAAACAUUUCAGUUUUGGGUAUAUGGGCUCUUCUCAAUCCUUCUCGUUCUGAUUAUUUUCUUCAUGAUUCUUACAUACAGAACUUUUAGAAGGAAAAUGAAUGGAAUAGAUAGCAAAACUUUCUUCUAUGUUUAUUCCGAAAAGAUCGAUUUAUUCUGGUUUUUUCUAGGUUUUCUUUAUUUCUUACUCGCAAUUGCUUCUGUUGCUACAUAUUUCAUUAGUGAAGAUUAUAGAUACCUCUGAGUUGGGCUAUGUGUUCCUCUGUCCCUCGGAUGUCUACUAAAUGCCUACUUAUACUUCGUUCUAAACGACUAUAACUACUUCGAAGACAUUGAAUCUCUCAAUAAAAUCAUAUCAAAUCAUAACAAAAAGAUCACCAAAGUCAUCAAAGAACUCGAAAAAUCCCAGGAUCACUCUUCUACUCCCCAAAACCCCCACAAUCACCCCCAAAACACCUCCUCAAAACAAACAGCUAGAGGUGAAUACCACCAAAACGAAGAAACAAAGGAAAACCCUGCUAAAAUACUUAAUAUUGAAAAAGCCUGGAAAACAUAUAGGAGACAGAAUAAUAGGAGUUUUAAUUAUUAUGAAGAUGGGAUUAGUGAGGAUGAGAAGGAAGCUGGAAGGGGAAUGGAGGAAGGGAAGAUACAGGAUACGCUGGAGGGGCUUGGAGGGAGGGUAGAUGGGUUGGAAUUGACUAAUGGGAAUUUGAAUGAGGAGGGUACUAGGAGAUUGUGAAUUGAGGAACUUGAUAAACGAGUCGAGUAUGAUCCUAAAGUUUUCGGGACCUCCAAAGCUAAUAAAAAGUUCAAGACUAUCAAAGAUUGGAGGAAAAGUAAUAAUACCUUUACUGCUCUUUUCUGUUGAAAAAUAAGGCCAAAUGAUAAGCAUAUUUAUGUUUCUUUACUCUUUGCUUAUUUAGUGAUUGUCCUAAUGGGUGUGGCUAUUUCAAUCCACAAAAAUAGCACUGAAGGUGUCUCUUGGAUCAUGGCAUUCUUUGCAUUUUACACCUCAUACUCUUUCCUGGUCAGACCAUUCUCAUGAGACACUGAACUUCGUCUCUUUGAAAUUUUUAUGUAUUCCAUCUCGAUAUUGGCAGUGUUUGGCUGGGGAUUGAUUGACUUUUGGAUCAGAUUUGACUUCUCUCCAGAAGAACACAACGAAGGCAACUUUUUCUUGAUCUGGUACUGCCUGUUCAUCCCAUUUGUGAUUCUAUGCACAACUUUUCUGUAUCGAUGGUAUCUAAACGAAUGGGAGUUUGAUGGAUUUGUUCUCACUGUAAUGCCACUCACCCUCGAAUGGGGGAUAGCUCUUCUUGUAUGUUGCUAUCUGUUCAUUGGACCCAUAAGCGGAUCCAUCUUUACAGGAAUAGUUGUUAUAAUAAUCUAUGCAGGUUUUAUGGUGUUCAUCUAUUACAAAAAUAAUGGAAGGCUUCCAAGAAAAUGGGGAAUUUUUAAUUUUUGAAUCCUGUCAUUAGUUGCAGCCUCAACCUUUAUUGUAGCUCUUUCAAUAGAAAGAUUUGUGAUAUUUUUCGGAUGGUCUAUUUCUUAUGGAGUAGUUAUUUUAAUGGUGUUUUUAUAUGGGUUCAGUAAAUUUGCAAGAGAUUUAUGGUAUUGUGAGCAAGAACCAAUUUUCUUCUCACCUUGGAUUUUCCCGAUUUAUAAGUAUAAUUCCAUUAAGAAUUGUGUUGAGCGUCGAGAUAAGCCAACUGUGUAUAUAUUUUUGGCUUUACUCUUAGCAUUUUUAUGGUCGUUUCAGUGUGCAGCCUGGAUGACUCCAAUUUCUAUUGGAAUUUGAGUGUCUUGCCUGGUAGAAGUGAUUGUGAUCAUUUUUGUUUUGUAUUUGGUAUCCUUCACCCCAGUGAUGCUUCAUGAUGCUGAUGAGACACUAAAAUAACAAUCCUAGUAUUAUCACAAAAGCUUGGCUAGAAGCAAAGAACGAAUACUUCAGAGUUCUAAGUAUUGAGCCAGCAAUUCCAAUAACUACUUCCAAAGAAAUAUCUGAGAAGAGGGAUAAAAUUUCCAACCAUAUAAAAGCUCUAAAGAAGGGCAUAGAAAGCUUUCCAGAGAGCUCACUUGAUUGGAACACCAUUAAUAUUGAUCCUUAUUGUGUAUACUCUUGCAGAAAAUAUUUAUAUAACAUAGAUGCAGAAGCUAAGGCGAUUUUCUUUGAAGAAAUAAGCCUAAUUAUCCAUUUUGAGUUACUUCUAAUUAAGCAUUGUCUAAAUUUCAAAGAUAGUGGACGGAAAGCUCUCUUCGAAUUCGUAGAGGUAAAGAAGUCUGAUCUCAUUGCUGCUGAUGUCAACAUUACAAUUCCAAAUAAAGGAAGGCUUAAGUAUAAAUACGCCCAUGUUCUCUACCAAUACGAAAAGCUAGAGCCUAAUAAAAAAGUUCAAUUUGAUACUAUGAAGGAGCUAUUUUACAAGGAGCAGAAAAUAAUCGAAGAAGAAGCAAUCAAGAAAGAGAAAGAAAAUUAUGAAAAUAAUAUGAGAAUGAUAGCUAAGUCAGCAAAAGAAAGGAAAAAGCUUACAGAAAAUAGGGAGAUACUUGCAGAAGAUUCCAACCAAGAUUCUCUUAUAGAUAAAAUGCCUGAUAGCGAGGAAAAGUAUAGGAAAAUAAUCAAGAAGUAUAAAGAAAAUGAAGAGAAAUUUACUGAUCGCCAGUUCCUUGCUUCUGAAGAAUCACUCGGAUCUGAAAAAUUAAUAAAGAAGACAAAUGAAUGGGUCAGAGCUAGCAAACGCCAAAAUACAAUCAUCUUUAGAGAUCAAAUUAACCCAAGGGAUGUAGCACAAGGAGAUCUUGGAGAUUGCUACUUGAUUGCAGCGAUCUCCGUUCUAAACGAGAAGGAUAUAAAAGAAAGAAUCAAGUUCAUCAAUAGUAGAGAUCGUCAUGAAAGUGAAUGUGGAGCUUUCUGGGUAAGGUUCUUAAAAUACGGAAACCCAGUAGAUGUCAUCAUUGAUGACUACUUCCCAGUCUCUGAAAGUGGCAAAUUCAUUUUUGCCAAAGGAAAACUUGACAAAGAUGAAGAAGAGUCAGACGAAGAUGAAGAUGAAUUAUGGCCAAUGAUAAUCGAGAAAGCAUAUGCAAAGUUAAAUGGAAGCUACCAUACCAUUGAAGGUGGUAAAGUUCAAUACGCUUUAGCUGAUAUGAUUAGAGGGGUGUCAGAACAAAUAGAAUUGAGAAGUCAUAGAGAAGAGAAGAGUAAGCUAUGGAACAGACUGAGGUCUCUAAUAGCUCAAGGAGCCCUUUUAGGGGCUGGGAGUAAAGAUAGUAUUAAUGGCAAGGAAACUGUUAAUAGCUCUGGAAUUGUUCCUAAGCAUGCAUAUGCUAUUCUUGGUCUUAAGCAAUUUGAUGGUUACAGGCUUUUAAAUUUGAGAAAUCCUCAUGGGAGGAAAGGGACAGAAUGGAAUGGAGACUGGUCAGAUGAUUCACAUAUGUGGACUCAAAAAUCAAGAAGCAAAUGCAAAUCUAUAGUUAAAAAAGAUGGGAUAUUUUGGAUGGACCUUGAUGAUUUCUUCAAUCAUUUUAGUUAUUUGUAUAUAUUCAGAGUUAUGGAUGAUUGGAAUAAAUACAAAAAGAAAGGAUGAUGGGAUAUAAAUUCUAUUGAAGGCUUUUUAAGUAAGCAAAAUAAAAGUCCAAAAUUAGAUUCCAAUCCUCAAUAUGAAUUGAAGAUAGAAGAACCAGGCCCUUUAUUCAUUCAAAUGACUCAAUUAGAGGAAGAGAAUAUGUUCAAAGGAAAGAGAUAUAUAGCCUUCUUUGUUCAGGAAACUGGAGGUGGCAAAAUUAAAAAUAUUGACAGAAAGAAACUUCUAGGAAAAUCAGGAAUACCAAUAAAUUAUAUCAGCAUUUCAACUGAAAUCGAACUAAGCACAAACCUCAAAUACCCCCUUAAAAUCACCUUACUACCCGCUACCGCUUUAGAAAAAGCCGAUCGCUCUCUUCAAAACAGCACAAAAAUUUUUGGAUCGUUUGAGAUAAAAAUCUUCUCAAAGUCCGAAGUCACUUGGAAAACGCUCUAGCCCCUCUAAAAACCGUAUAAUUUCAAUAUAACCACUCUAUCAUACC